CGGUAACAACGCUUGUAAACAGAUCCCUCUCACGCGCUUGCCCUCUCAGAACGCUUGAGAGAGUGGAGCGGGAGCGCGCAGAGUUAUCUAUCACUGCCUUCCGGACAGUCCUGAGAAUCUUCACGAGCUGCACCUCAUAGCCUGAUAAACCCUUCAAGGACGUGACUGUCUGUUUACUGGAGGUAUUGUAAAGGAGCAAGCGAAUGAUGUAUCCUUUUUGCUAAAAAAAAAAAAAAUAUUUCGCUUUCGUUUUUUAUUUUUUUAUUUUUAUUUUUUCAAGUAAAACGAAGACGAGUCUGGACUUCCAUUUGCGUUCUUUUACGGGAAGCACUCAUCUGACAGGAAAAUAAAAAUAGGAUUAACGGGAAAACUUCAGCUGGAUUUCUGUGGAUGGCAUCUUGACAUUUUAGGAUUUAGGAAAAAAAAGUCUGGAGAACUGUUCUUUCACCAAACUACAAAAAGUGCACAACAGAAGAUGAGGAACUAAUUUAGACUCACUCCAAAUUGAUGAGCUGAAGAACUUCCUGUGGGAUGCACUUCCACCUGCGUUGAGGCUGUUUAACCAUAGUGCGCUGCAUGAUUUUUACAUUCGCUUCUGAUGUGAAGUGUAGCAGAUGACCAGUAAGAAAGCUGAACAAGAAAUCUGCAGUCAUCUGUUCUGUCAACUAUCUGCUAAAACUACCAGCAGCCCUGUUCCAAGUUGAAUUAACCCUGUCCACUCAGUUGAUUAAAUGUGAUUUAACCUACUACUGAAGAAAGCUUGAUUUCACAGUGGAAGCAGGUUGUCUCUGACAUAAAGAGAUGAAACGAGAACGUUUUAAGCCCCCCGAACCGGAUGACCCUCUGUGCUGCUGUGGAGACAUCGACCAGCAAAGAGAGUACUGCUGCUGUGACUGUGAAGAACUUGAUGAUGCCUGUGAAAGGUUACUCAGAGGGGAGCCGGACAAGCCAGACGUCUUCUCUCGUUUCAUCUCUCGUAUGGCUGAUCGUUUGGGUUUGCCAUGUUGUGCUAUAGGACCCCUUCGACUGGAGCUCUCCGUCUUACCUCCAAUGGUAUUAAUUCCUGGCCUGUUGCGAGUAGCUGCAAUUAACUGUUUGUUGGGAGUUGUAGUCCUGACUGCCUUACCAGGACUGGUGCUUUGGUAUUACUAUGUGACUCACAGAAGGAAAAGACGCACAUUGUUUUUCCUUAGCUUGGCACUUUUCUCUCUUGCCUACAUGUACUACCUUUUCCUUACUGAGAUCGUUCCCAGAGGAGACGUAAGUAAUCUGCAGGUGGUUACUGCGACGACAGGCAUGAUGUUGACGCUUAUCUCCCUUGUGCGCACCAAACAAGGACCGGGCUUUGUCAAAUCCCAAUCGUUAGCUCAGGGAAUUAACAGUUUUUCUGCAACCAAUCAGAGCACAAACGUGUCUGGAGAUUCCACCCCCUGCAAUGGAAUCAGCCAGUCAAAUGGGGAAAAGGAAGGAAAGAAGAAAUUAUGUCCUGUUUGCCGAUUGGUGCGCCCACCGAGGGCAGGGCACUGCAGGAUCUGUGGGGCAUGUGUCCUUCGAAUGGACCACCACUGUGUUUGGAUAAACAGCUGUGUAGGUCAAGCCAAUCACAGACAGUUCAUUUUGACGCUCCUUCUUUUCCUGGCAACAUCAUUCUACGGGAUCAGUUUGGUGUUACGGAGUAUAUGUCCACGACAGAGUCUAUUCACAGCCAUGUUAUACUGCCCUGGAGUCUAUAACCAAUACAGCACAGCGCUGUGCUUUACAUGUGUGUGGUACAGCGUUAUCAUAACAGGCGGUCUGCUCCACCUGUUCAUCCUUCAGAUCAUCAAUGUCAGUUACAACGUAACAGAACGCGAAGCUCAGAUUGCUUUGCGCAACAAAACUGGCAGACGCCGCUUCUGUGGCCUGGUUGUGGAGACUGGCGUCUACUCGCGAGGCUUCCUCCAGAACUGGAUUCAGUUCCUCACAAUGAACACGGAUGAGAACGGUUCCCCUUUCACCUUCAACGACAUGGUAUGAGUUGAGGGACUACAGACAUGAUCCUGGGUGGUAUUUAAACUAUAACUAUGUGAUAUGUUAAACAGACCCCUAUGUGACCGUGGACCGCAAAUAAGGGUAAAUGUUUUGAAAUUGACAUUUUUACGUCAUAUGCAGGGCCUAAAACUAACUUUUUGCCACACCUGCCAAUGGCCGGUGACGUGAUAAAAUUUACCGGCCAAAUUUUUUUUUACCAGCCAUGAAACUCUUUUUGCAAAAACAGGCAGUUAUUACAAUGACUAAACAUAUUUACAAUUUACAGUUCUUAAUAAACAGCGAAUCUCUUUUAAAUCUCUUUAUAUUUUGAGAAAGUUUUACUCGUCAACUGGUGACUGACACUAUUACACAUACCAAUGCCACUUUUUACUCACAUUUAGUGGUUGCCGAAUAUUUGGCCCUGGAUGAAAGCUGAAUAAAUAAGCUUUCCAUUCAUGUAUGGUUUGUUAGGAUAAGAGAAUAUUUAGACGAGCUACAAAUAUUUGCAAAUCUGGGAUCUGAGGGUGCAAAAAAUCUGAAUAUUGAGAAAAUCGCCUUUAAAGUUGUCCAAAUAAAGCUCUUAGCAAUGCAUUACUAAUCAAAAAUUAGGUUUUUAUACAUUUAUGCUAGGAAAUUCACAUCUUCAUGGAUCAUGAUCUUUACUUAAUAUCCUCAUGAUUUUUGCCAUAAAAGAAAAAUUGAUAAUUUUGACCCAUACAAUCUAUUGUUGGCUACUGCUACAAAUAUUUGGUUUUGUGGUCUAGGGUCACAUAUGGUUAAGCCUAAAGACUUGGUUGACACGUUUACCUUAUUCGGAUCAGGGAGAAUGGUUAAUUAUGGACAGUAUGGAACUGGCCAGAAGCUCAGCUGGAGCUUCAAGGCAAUCAGUUUAAACUGAUGAACAAACAUACCUAUGUUUUUGGUAUUUUUAAAGAUUUUUAUUCCAGUGGGCAUCUGUAUGGACUGGGUUCAAUGUGAUAUGUGGCCACAGCUAUGUUUUCAUGAAAUAUAAGAAAACUCUGCUCCUAAAGACUACAACUUUAUAGCAUAAAUAAUCAAACCGUAUUAAUUAAACUUGCUUAAAUGAUCAGACAUAAAUGGGCAACUUUGUAAUCUGAGUAGCAAUCAAGUGUUUGUCUGUUUUUAAUGACGUGUAGGAAAUAUUUAAAAAAUCUGUUGUUUUUUGGGGGGGAAGGGGCAGGUAUACUAUACCUUUAAAAAUCUGAAAAGAUUACUUAAAGGGGUCAUGAACUGCCUUUGUUUUUUAUUUUGUGCUGUUCUCUGAGGUCCACUUAUAAUGUUAUCAAGAUUUUUACCAAAAAACAUCAGAAUUUAGAAGUAAUCGGCUAUUUUCUGUCCUGUUUUGACCCCCUCAUCAGAACGCUGUUUGAAUAGGCAUGGCGGAUUGUAGAAUCACAAGUAAACUGCUAUGAUUGGCUAACAAUUUUGUAUGUUUGACAGCCAUCGUUCACAGUUAGGUUAAAAAUGGAUAAAUACUCAGUACAUAUCAAACGAUCUGUAAUACCAGACAAAGCAAUAGUGACCACAUAAUAAAAACAGCUACUCACACUUUGUUGCGACAUUACUGUCGGAUCCAAUAUAGCUGGCACAACAUCGUCUUUUAGUUUCAGUCUUUCUUAAAGUCCUGUAUCAAGUUGUGCCUUGUUUGUAAAUGAAUCCGCAGGAAAAAGAAGUGAACAAAGAACCAAGUUCUUACUGAUGUGGUCUGGAACUUAAUUAAAAAUAAAGUUCAUCCAGUCUUUUCAAAUGUUGGGAUCAAAACGAAGGCAAUGCAAAGACUGUUUUUCCACACAGCAUCUUGGCACAGCAUCUUGUUGUCUUCAGAGCCAUCUUUAUUGUUUGGUUUCUGCAUAGACCUGUGUUCGCCUCUCUCGUUGUUUACACUACAUGGGCGAAUCGGUGGGCGGGGCUUAACAGGCAUUGAUGUAGAAGCAGGCGUUGAUCUUCUUCUGCGGAGGCAGAGUUUAGCCACACUAUUACAUCAUAAAGUGGCAUAUUUCACAACCUGUCGUUUUGGCAGAUUGGCUUCAGUAUAAGCUAUUUUUAGACUAACAAGAAAGUUUUGAAUUCUGAAACCUACAGGAUAUUUUUAUAGUACAAUGACCUCUUAUAUGUCAAAAAUUUUGAGUUCUCAGUUCAUGACCCCUUUAAGAAGAUUUAUCAGCCUGCCAAAUGCUAAUAAACCAAAAAAUGAUUUUGCACCAAAUCUGUAAUCCUUGUAAUUGUAAAUAUGCUACUACCUUUGUAGUGUGCACUCUCAGGACAAAUGAUGUUGUACACUCUCCUGUUAUUACAGGUUUCUGUGUUCAGUGCUCACUGAACAGCAGUGUGUUAAUGUACUUCAAUUAUUGAUUAUCUAUCAUUUCAUAUGUGUAAAAAUAAAUACAACUAAUUCUGUCAUGCACAGUAAAUAGACCGCGACUCGUUUUAGUAAGAGUCAUUGGUUGUGUUGAUCACUGUGAAAGGGCCGUGAGUGACCUACCUACCUCUGCAGCUUAAAAAGACAGGAAGUGUUUUUAGAGCAAUGCUGGCCCUCUUGUCUCUGCGCAACCACAAGGUAGACUGAGAGCAAAACAAAAAAACACUUCCUCCUACAAAUAUGCAAAAUAAAGUGAAACUACGACACAAAAAUAUUUCAUUUCAUUUUAAAAGAUUAUAAGUAAAGUACAGCUUGGAUUUUUAUUUAAACAAAUUGCAGAACAAAGAGCUUCAAAGAUUUUAAAAUUUCUCUCUGGCUACUUUAAAAACAAUGUAGUAUUCAAUAUAAAAUAAAAAGUACAAUCAAACCUGCUGUACUCUACAGAUCUUAGGUAUGAUCAUUCUUUAUAUUAAGUGUUUAUCCUUUUAAGUUUUUUUCUUUUUUUUUUUUUUA